UAUAUAUAACUCUUACUUCCUUAUGAAACCACAAUAUACACUUUCAAAUCCCCAAAUGGAUCACAAACCUCCCAGAUGUUUAUACACCAAAUACAUUAUACCAGUGAUUUACGUCCUAUCAAUCUCUCAUACCAACGCCUAUUUCAUCACUUCAUGCAAACAAACUCCAUACCCUAACGUCUGCGCCCACCACAUAUCUAAUUCACCUCUCAACACUUUAGACUACCAAACCGAUGGGCUCGCUUUCCACGACCUUGUGGUUAGCUCGACCAUGGACCAGGCCGUUCACCUACACCGCCUCGUCUCUAAGGUGAAACGGCGUCGUUCUUUCCACAAACAUGCCAAGUCAGCUUUGCUCGACUGCUUGGAGCUUUACGAAGACACCAUAGACCAACUCAACCACUCUCGGAGAUCAUAUGAUCUUAACUUUUCAGCGCAUGAUAGACAAACCUCGUUAAGCGCUGCCAUAGCUAAUCAAGACACUUGCAAAAACGGGUUUAAAGAUUUUAAUCUAACGUCUUCCUAUUCAAAAUAUUUCCCUAUACACGUUCACCGAAACCUCACUAAAUCGAUAAGCAACUCUCUGGCGGUUUCAAAGGCCGCGGCUGAGGCGGUUGCCGAGAAACAUCCAGCGACAGCGUUCACAAAAUUCAACAAGCAAGGAAGUAGCGGAGGAGGAGGUGGUGGUGGUGGUCGGAGAUUGAUGUUUUGGGACAACCAGUUUCCUUCGUGGAUCCCUCUUACCGACCGUAAACUUCUGGAAGGUUCAGUAACCACGGCUAAACCCGAUCUUGUGGUAGCUAAAGACGGUUCGGGUCACUACACAAGUAUUCAACAGGCGAUAAACGCAGCAGCCAAACUUCCUAGGAGAAACAAGAGACUUGUGAUAUACGUUAAAGCCGGCGUUUACCGAGAAAACGUGGAGAUCAAGAAAUCAGUCAAGAACGUGAUGGUUAUCGGUGACGGCAUCGACUCUACCGUCGUCACCGGUAGUAGGAACGUUAAAGAUGGCACGACGACGUUUCGGUCCGCAACUUUUGCUGUUGCCGGCAGCGGUUUUAUCGCACGAGACAUAACAUUCGAGAACACUGCGGGACCGCAGAAACACCAAGCGGUGGCUCUCCGGUCAGGCUCAGAUUUCGCCGUCUUCUACGGCUGUUCUUUCAAAGGCUACCAAGACACUCUCUACCUUCACUCCCGCCGUCAGUUCUUGAAAAACUGCAACGUCUACGGAACCGUCGACUUCGUCUUCGGAGACGCAACCGCAGUCCUCCAAAACUGCAACAUCUACGCUCGUAAACCCAUGAGCGGACAAAAAAACACUGUCACGGCUCAGUCCCGCAAAGACCCUAACGAGAACACAGGUUUCGUCAUCCAGAGCUCGACGGUGUCUACAGCGGCGGAGACUUACUUAGGAAGGCCGUGGAAGCAGUAUUCUAGGACGGUUUUCAUGAAAUGCAGUCUGGGAGAGAUGGUGAAUCCAGCGGGGUGGUUGCCUUGGAGUGGUGACUUUGCUUUGAGGACUCUUUAUUACGCAGAAUAUGGUAACACCGGCGCCGGAGCAAGUGUCUCCGGUAGAGUUAAGUGGCCAGGUUAUCAUGUUUUGAAGGCGGCGACUGAGGCGGGAAAGUUCACGGUGGAGAAUUUCUUGGACGGGAAUUAUUGGAUUACUGCUGCGGGAGUGCCGGUCAAUGCUGGUCUUUGACUUUGCGUUUCAUUAAUGUUGACUUUGCUUGUGGAGACUUUGGUUUUUGUUGGCGUGUUGAUGUUUAUAUGAUAUAGUUUUAUUGUCCAUGUGGAUUGGAUAUGGAUCGUUUUGAACACAGAAUAAGAAAAUCAAUGUAAUGUGGGGUUUGGUCGGAGGAAUUGGUAUACUAUACAUGUAUGUUAUCCUAGGUAAUAAUCCGCGUCUUGCGUGGAAUGUGAUUAUUAGUUUCGUUAUU